ACGCCCACCUUGGAAGCGCGAGGCACGCCCCCACCCCUCCGUUUCCCCUUGUGCCAAAUGAAGCAAAGAAGAACUGUCGCCGUCUUUUGCGUCACUUUGUUGAAUGACAGCUCUGAGAGCCAAUCGGGAGGGGUUCUUUGUUUUGGGGUGUUGUUUUUUUUACCACCACAAGGUUUUGCCGGGGAAGGGGGAGCUUUUUAAAAGUAAGCUGCUGAAAAGGCCCGUGAGUGACGUCCCAAAGCACCUAUCGCGUUCCGAUCUUAAGACGGCCUCGUGCCGAAGGGGAAGCAGGGAAGAGAGAGAAGCCGCGCGCUAAUACGGCGGCGUUCAAAGCCAACAGCCAAUGGGCAUUCCCGCUUGCUAGCGCGCGCUUUCCCUCUGGGGCCUCUGCCGGUUGGGGGCGGGUAGAGAGCGCAGAACUGGUUUGAAAAGCUGAGCGAGUGCAACCAACGACGCCUCGUUCUCGGCAGCAUCGAAGAGGCGAGGUUAUAACGGUGCCGUCGAAGCGAAUGCACCGGGUUCCGAAUAAUAGCUUCCUCCACCACACGCAACCACAGAGGGAGGCACAAAGGUCGUGCCGGGUACAGGUUUCCACGUGGAAAUCUGUUCACCAUGCUCUUCGUUUCUGACGGCGCUUCUGCUAGCUGCUGGCGUAUGUCUAUGCGUGUCCUCACACGUACACACACCGCGUGUGCGGUGCAAACAGGUUUUCGCUGAAACUUAAGUUAAUAAAGAAGAGCCUGCUAGGUCAGGCCCACCCGGUCCAGCAAACUGUUCUCAACAGUGGCUGAACCAGUUGCCCGUGGGAAACCUGCAGCAAGCAGGAUUCGAGCACAAGAGCACUUGCCCCUCCUAUUUCCAGCAACAAGCAUUACUGCCUCCCGUCAUGGAGACAAGAGCAUAGGCACCGUAGCUAGUCACCAUGGAUAGUCUUCUAAUCGCCUAUUAAAGCCAUUCAAGUUGAUGAUCAUCACUGCCUCCAACCUCUCCCUAGGAAAUUAGAGAAGGAAGGCUGCCUUUGUACUGGAGCAUCUUAAUAUACUGUAAUGCCUAAAGUUAGAUGUGUCCAAUCUGCCAGAUAACUGCAAGUGCACAAACACAGCAGUAGGAUUAAAACCUAUGUGACUGCUCUGGGGAUUUCAGAGCACUGAGGAUGACAAAAAGCCUGCCUGGGUGUCAGUAAAAUUUACAUAAACCUAAAGCAUCCCUUUACACUGUAUUACACCUUGCUGUUUAAAAGGAUCCUGGGAUGUCAUGGAUUGAUUGAUUGAUUGAUCGCUUACAUCCUCCCAACCAAUUCCAUCCCUAGAGUUUAGACUCUAGGGCUGAAAGGAAGCCAGCAGCAGUCUUAUUUGGUUCCUGGCAGCUUAACUCCCAGUUACAGCUGUUGCAACAGUGAAGCUUGUGCAAAGCUCUCUGCAGUCAACAUUCCAUGGUAGCAUGAUGACAGUGUUCAUUUGCAGCCUUCAGCUGCUUUGGGGUGGAUCUGGAGUGUAUUUUUAAAAAACUCCCCUCCCCCAUGCCCUGGAUUCCCCCACUCUACAGGAAUGCAAGGAGAACCUGUCCUCAUUUGGGUGCCCAGUGGAUCACUAAACACAUCCCACUGUAUGAGAGGAGUAAUGUUUCAGCUCUGUCCAAAAUGAUAAAAACAGCCCGUGACAAUAUAAUGCUAAUGACUGAAAAAUUUAGCAUCAUCAGCAAACUUGGCCACCUCACUGCUGCUCACUCUACCCCUAGAUCGUUUAUAAAAAGUACAGUUCUCAAUACCGAUCCUUGAGGGACUCCACUUUUUACUCUCCAUUCAGAGAACUAUCCAUUUAUUCCUGUUCUUCUUGCAUCCUAACUAAUUCCUGAUCCACAAGAGGACCACUCUUAUUCUUUGACUCCUAAACUUACUUAGGAGUCUUUGAUUCCGCUUGUCAAUUCAGGAUGGCAAAGUUUCUGUAUCAAUAGGAUUUCCUGCCUCGUUUUCCCAAAAUGUCCUGGGGCAGGCACAAGGAAGUACAAGAAAAAUGCAGCUACAAAACAGUACAUUAUAAAUACUUCAAAAAUGCAGUAUCUUCAUAUUCCUGAGUAAAGUUAGAUACACAAAAUAACUGAUAAAUGUGCAUUUAUUUUACCAAAAACAAUAAACCCCACAUAGAGAUUGAAUGGAAUCUCAAACCAGCCUGUGUGUGUGUGUGUGUGUGUGUGUGUGUGAUGCUGCAGUAUACCCCAAGGGACUAGGGUCACAGCUAUAGGAGAUAAGCCUUAUCCAAAGUACUCACCAAAACAGGCAGGGUUUCGGAUGCAGCACAGUCCAAACAAACCCAAGUUAAGCACAGAGUAUCAAUCUAAGUCCAUACAUGAGCCAGAGACAGAUAUAGGCAACACUCCAAGAUCAAUAUCACAGGGAGUUCAGACAAGGUACACCAAAAGAAAAGCAACUAAGAACCAAAUACCGUAUGAUGCUUUCAAGACUCAAGAAUGAGGUCUUACAUACUCUGACCUCCCAAACCACACCCUAAGCACACUGAAGGCACAUCAGAGGUUGCUUACUCAUGAGCAAGCCCCACCUAACCCUCACUCACAAUUAGACUGACAACUCUGGGUUCGGAUCCAAAGCAUUUGGUGUCGGCCACCUUCCAUCCUGACAACUCCAGGAGUUCUUCAUCAGGUUUCAACCCAGAGGACUCCUCAAGGGGAUCUUCAACACUGGGUUAUGGGAGGGGGUUGCCUGCUCUUCAGGGUCCUUUACCUGUGAUGUAUCUUGUUCAUCGUCUGAGGACUCAGUGUCUGGUACUAGGUCAGGGCUAGGCAUGACAAUGAGCAUGUUGGCUCAUAUAGUCUGCCUUCAACCUUCAUAAGCAUUUAAUCAAUGAGCUGUAAUUGAGUUGUUUGGAUAGUCUUUAAACUCCUUUGAAGAGAAGGCACAAAUUGUUGUUGUUGCUGCUGUUGCUGCUGCUGCUGUUCUUCAGGCAAUUAUCUCUAAAUGGAAAAUAAAUUCAUCUUAAUUUGAGGUGUAGUAUAAUGUAGGAGACAGUCAGAUCUGCAUUGUUGCGCCACGAGACAAGAACACUGUCGGCCCUACCAUUUGGUCGAGUGAGGCAGUUGCUUCUGGUUGCAGAUGCAGGGGGGCAGCAGGAACUCCUACAGCCUCCCCCCCCCCAGCCAUUCCCCGCUGUUGAAGAUCAGAGCCUGUCAGGCAUCUCCUAAACUAGUCUGCUGCCCUCAGGGAAAGAAGACUGGUCAAAGCAAGGGAGAGGAAGUGUUGUGUGGAUUUUCCAAAAGUUUUCAGCACACAGGUCGUUAGAAAAUUCUGCUGCUUUUAGUUUUUCACUCUCAGUGCCUUCUUCUACUGAGUUCUGUGGUUCCGGGACUGCAUACUUGGGAAACUGCUUAUUCCCGAGGAAUCUUGCUUGCAGCUUCCUCAUCUUGGCUUUACCUUGUAACAGCAGGAUACUCAUUGACAGAGGCAAAGACUCAUUGAUUCUGGCUUACAUUUCAGUGUCACUUCAUUAAUGGACCACGGGGUGUUUCAUGAAGGAUAAAACAAAAACAUUCAAGAGCCUGGCAUGGAUCCGUCUGCUGCAAACAGCAGUAAGUUGCAGCUUUCACACUUUGAAUCCUGCUUGCCGUCUAUUCCUGCAGUCUUCUUGCUCAUCACAGCUUACGCUGUAGUCAUGCUGGUGGGGCUCCUUGGCAACCUUUGCCUAAUUAUUAUCAUCAGGAAACAGAAAGAAAGCCAGAAUGUCACCAACAUUUUGAUCGCCAACCUCUCCCUAUCUGACAUCUUCGUUUGUGUCAUGUGCAUCCCUUUCACUGUUGCGUACACUUUGAUGGAUUACUGGGUGUUUGGAGAAGCCAUGUGUAAAAUAUCUAAUUUUGUACAAAGUAUGUCUAUCACUGCCUCUACAUUCUCACUUGUGUUAAUUGCUGUUGAGAGGUAUCAGUUAAUAGUAAACCCGCGAGGUUGGAAGCCUAGAAUUUCACAUGCAUUUUGGGGAAUUAUCUUCAUUUGGGCCUUUUCUAUAAUACUGUCGACUCCUUUUUUUUUAUUCCACCAAGUCACCGAUGACCCCUUUAGAAACCUUUCUUCCCACAGUGAUAUUUAUAUGAACAAAGUUGUCUGUGUUGAGGUAUGGCCAUCCCUUGAGGAGAGGCGUAGCUUUACCACAACAAUGUUAAUUUUCCAGUACUUCUUACCACUAGGGUUUAUUUUCGUCUGUUACAUAAAGAUAUUUGUGUGCCUUCAGAAAAGGAAAGGUAAAGUGGAUAAGAUAAGGGAGAAUGAGGUCAGACUAAAUGAGAGUAAAAGGAUUAAUAUUAUGUUGAUUUCAAUUGUUGCAACCUUUGGGGCAUGUUGGUUACCGCUGUACAUAUUUAAUGUUGUGUUUGACUGGAACCACGAGGUCCUGAUCAACUGCCACCAUAAUGUGGUAUUUACUUUGUGUCACUUGGUAGCCAUGAUUUCGACGUGUGCCAAUCCAAUCUUCUAUGGAUUCCUCAACAAGAAUUUUCAGAAAGAUUUGGCUAGUCUGCUUCACAAUUUCAAAUGCUAUGAAUCUCAAGGGUUGUUUGAGAACAUCGCCCUUUCAACUCUGAACACCGAUGUGUCAAAGGGAUCCUUUAAGCUGAACAACAUGCCUUCGAAUAUCUGAAAUGGGCAACCUUUGAAUCAUUUACAUGUCUUUGUCAUGAAUUACUGUACUGCCAAGUUACUCUUAUAUGGAAGUGUGGCCUUCUGGCUCUUGUCAGCAAAGUCCUGUUCUCAAAGUGAAAUCAAAAGCCUACCUGAAUAUUAAUGUAUCAUUCAAAUGAAUAAAACAAAUUGGAUUAAUAAUAUUUAUUAACACCCCCAUAUUUAUUAAAGACCUUUACAGGAGCUUCCAAUGUUGCAGUGCUAGAAAACUGGAAGUGUGGGAAGGAAAAUCUGGAAAAGGAGGUACCGCUUGGAUUGGAAGAUGAUGCAAUAUCCUGUGUGAGCUGUACCACCUGCGUUUUCCUCAUGGUUCUCCUGGUCUGCCUGAAUCAGUACUUCUGACAAAGGCCCCUUGACUACCUUAACAUAAUACCAAUAAUUAGUAUCUUAAGCAACUGACUCUUAUUGUCUGAACUCAAAAGAUAAUCGCCUUCUAAGAAUUCCUUAUGUGAAGCCAUUUCCCUUUCUUUUCCCUUACUGUGCCCCCCCCACUCUGUUCUCAAAUCUGCUCUGGAAGGUGGAGGGAACCUAGAACAGAUUUAGGGAGUACAUGGGGGAGGUGGGGCAGGAAUCCCAUUGCACAGCAGAAACCAUACUGCUCACUAUGCACAUUCAACUACUAUGUUGAAUACAACCCAUCAUCUGUCCACUGAUGCACUAGGUAAUAUGUCAUUCUGACAGGUGCUGGAUUGUAUCAAACUCAAUAACUGUGCAUGCAGGACAACUUCUGUGAGUGCAAUGGAACUUGCUCUCCACCCCCCAACACACUCCCUUUCUAAAAUCUGCUAUGGAUUUCCCCCCAACGCUCUGAGUCUCAUCAGUGGAAGCCCAGCACAAGGAUCUAUAGCUGGGAUAGCUUUGUCAGUUUGAGCACCACCUUGGGCAAAGGAUUCCUACAUUGCAGGGGGGUUGGACUAGAUGCCCCUUGUGGUCCCAUCCAACUCUACAAUUCUGUUAUUCUAUGCUUGUCCCCACUCUCCCUCAUCACAUGAUGGAUUAAAACCCCUGAAUAAUGCUUGCAUAUGGUAGAAAUUCCCUGCCCACCUAGCAGUUUGAAAG